UUUUUUCAUCGUGUGUGGUAUUUGCAGUGAAAAAUGGAGAAUGGGAAAAAGUUAAGUUAAAAUGGUGAAAACUGAAAGCUGUGCGUUGUGUUUCGCGACAAAGUCAAAAUGGUUUUUGGACAUAUUCUGCGACGAAAAUCAGACCGUGAAUAUUUCCGCGAUCAUCUCGAAGCAUCUUUGGUUCGAUUUGAGGCGCUCGGACCAGUGUUAUGUUUGUGCCGAAUGUUGGAAGAAUGUUUACGAUUUCCAUCUGUUUUACUGCAAGCUUGAGAAGUUACACUUGGAGACGGGCGAUGCCGACUCCAAGACGAUCCCGAUCACGAACCAACCGGCAUUCGAGUUUCAUCCGAUUGAUGAGGUCAAGCUUGAACCCCCGGAUGAGGAUGAAUUCGGAGAACCGUCACGGGUUGCUGACACGAGUGGAACCACAAACGUUGCCGAUUCGUCGGCAGGUGAGAUUGGGGAACCGUCCGUGAAGUUCCGUUCAUCUCCGAUACCCACGACACGAGUGAAGGCAAGCGAUGAUGAGCCGACAACAUUCAAGACGGAACUGACCGACUCGGAUCCGGAAGAAAUUGAUCCGGAUGACUUUCUGGCUGCCGAUUUCGACGACGACAACGAUGACGAUGACUACGAGGAAGAGGUGAAAGAGGUAAAGAAACCGGUUCUGACGAAGAAUGGAAAGCGCCGUGGAAGGCCACCGAAGAAUGCCGCCCUCAAGCAGGAACCGCUGGAUGAUUUGUCCGCUUUGUUCGCAUCGGAUGGUGGAGAGUGCUCGAAGGAUGUGGUCAAGAAGCGGAAAUAUAAGCGUAGGAUGAAAAUUAAGAAGGAAAGCGACAGCGAUGACGAUUCCGAUUACGACGACGACGACGGAGAUAGGCGAAAAUCGGGAGGAAAACGGUCCCGAGAUGAACGUCUGUUUUCGUACAUCACGGAGUUUGUGUGCUAUCUAUGUCCGGAUCGGAUCGAGUUUGAUCGCUUCCAUCACGCCAAUCUUCACUAUAAGGAUUUGCACGGUGAACCGGCGUAUUUAAAGUGUCCCAAAUGUGACCGCAAAUGCUUCACGCCUGGGGGCUUUGUAAAUCACAUGGAAACGCAUGAAGAUCCGGAGAAGAACAAAUGUAAGAUUUGCGGCAAAGUCACCGAUCAGAAGAUCACUCUCAAGAAGCACAUGCGUGCUCACCGGGCAGAAAUGGAGGAGAAAUUCCCGUUCGCCUGUACGCAGUGUCCUCGGCGGUUCGAGUUGGAGCGGGCUCUGACCAAGCACGAGAGAUUGCACGGCCGAAAGUUGCACAUCGUGAGACGUGAAAAGGGACGCGAUGACGAGCUUAUUGCAUUCUACAAGAAAAUCUCGUGCGAUAUUUGCGACCAGGAGAAGAACGACGGCGUCGAGUAUCAAAACUUCUGGGAUCUGAAAGUUCACAUGUCGGGCGAGCACAACAAGACGCCGUAUCUCAAGUGUCCCCUCUGCUCGAAGAAGAACGUGUGUCGCCAGCAGUUGAUGGUUCACGUCGACGUGCACGAGAAUCCGGAUAAUUACCGAUGCGACAUUUGCGGAGAAGUUUUCCAAUUUCUUGAGAGACACAAAGUCAAAGCACAUGGUCGAGAGCAGGCCGAAAAGAGCGAGAAGAAUUAUGGUUGUGAGCACUGCGGAAAAAUGUUCCGAUGUGAGCAGAACCUCAAGAACCACAUUGACCGCGUGCACGGCGUUAAGGACGUUACGUGUGACAUCUGCCACAAGUCAUUCAGCAAGAAGGCCAUCAGCGCCCAUCGAAAGUCGGCACACACCGAUGAGAUGUUCAUGUGCGAACAGUGUCCCAAAAUGUUCAAGACUCGCUCGGGCCUUGAAUCGCACAAGGGCGAACACGAUGUCGAGCUCCGGAAACCGGUAAAAUGUGAACUUUGUGGAAAAGAGAUGCGUAGAGGGGCCAGUUUGGCCAAGCACAUGAAGGUCAUUCAUUCCCAGGAGGAUCCGGUGAAUUGUAAUAUGUGCGGCAAGCAGUUCCGCACCAAGUUCCACAUGAUUCGCCACCGGACAAAUACCUGCGCGGCCACGAUCGACUCGCGACCGUUCAAAUGCGAAGUAUGCGGAAAAGGCUUUUCCAUGAGAUUGACGAUGACCGAACACAUGACCACGCAUACCAGGACGAGUUUGUAUCAGUGUGCAUUCUGUUUCAAAACAUUUGGAUACAUUUCCAACCUAUACAAGCACCGCAAGAAGGCCCACCCGGAAGAAUGGCAGGAGGUUCAGGCCCGGCCUGAACAGGGCAUCGCGACCGUCAUUGAGAUGAGAAAUUAACGUUAAGAGUUAAUGUGUAAAACUUAUAACAUCAUAUUAUAUUUCAAAAGCAAGUACUUGUAAAACAUGGUCAUGGUCGAUUCUUUCCUUUUUUAUAUUUUCGGCAGGUUAUGGUUAUAUGUAUCUCCAUCCAAGUUGCCGAAUGUUUUGCGUAAAUCCUUUACAUGAAAGCUGUUGUGGUUCGAUUGUCGAAAAACUCAUCACUCUACUAUCCCCUACCAAAAUAU